AUGGCCAAGCGUACCAAGAAGGUCGGCAUCACGGGCAAGUACGGCACACGUUAUGGUGCCUCCCUCCGAAAGAUCGUGAAGCGCUACGAGAUCCAGCAGCGCGCCCGGUACAUGUGCACUUUCUGCGGCAAGGAGAACGUGAAGCGUGAAGCAGGUGGCAUCUGGAAGUGCAACUCCAAGACCUGCAACAAAGUCAUGGCGGGUGGCUGCUGGACCCUGACCACGGGCCCCGCUGCCACGGUGCGCGCCACCAUCGCGCGUCUCAAGAAGCAGCAGGCCGGCGGCGUCGACGAGUAA